AUGGGUAUUCAUAACACUGUUUUGUUCGAGCAAAGGAAAUCUGUUGAUAAUAGAUAUAGAAGUAGUGAAAAUAAACAAAGAUAAUAAGAGUUUAAACAUCAGAAAACCAUGCAACUUCAAAAUAUAAAAGAUAAAAAUAAGGUAGUACAGUUAGAAAGAAUGGUAACUAGAAUGCAAGAACGAGAAGAAAAGUUGAAAUUGAUCUCAAAGGACAAGAGAUAAACAUUGAAAUCUAGUAAUAUAUAGCAAAACCAAUCACCAUCAGUAUUAAUUUAACAAAAUAAAGCUACAUUUAUUCAUUAGAAUACGGAUGAUAAAACUUCAAAACUGCAUACAGACUCAUCCUAUAACAGUUUAGAUUCAAUAUCUGAUAAAAAGCAUAGCAAUAAUAAGAAUAUUGUGAAUGGAAUGUAAUAAAAAGUCCUAAAAGAAUAAUCACUAUUGAAGUCAUAGGUUAAAGCUAAUAAAACUUAAAUAUUGUCCCCAUAAAAUAUAUCAAAUAAAAAGCUUAACAUUCCUAACUUACAAAUACCUAAGAGAACUUUGGAUAUGAUAACCGAUCUGAAAAAGAGUGCUAAGCACAAUAGAAAUAUCACUCAAAGCUUUUUAGAUUCAAACAAAUUGCCAAGUUAAAUCGAAGUAAUAUAAAGUCCAACUUAUAAAAUAAUUAAUCUAAAGUAGAUGUCCACCUUUGACAAUGACAGAAGGGCUAAAUCUUAAAUAAAACCUCCUAGAAAUAAGGAUCUUAGUAACCUAAAUAUGACUUAAGAAAAAUUUUUGCCAAAUUUAAAUUAAGAAAAUUAAGUCUUUAAGCAGUCUCGCAAUAUGAAUAAAACAUAGUAUCAUCCCAAAUACAAUAAUUAAAGUUAAACUGAUAAGGUCAAAUAGAAAAUCAAGGACUUCAAUUCUAAGAUGUCAUUUAUGGACUAGACUCCAUUACUUAAACAAUCAACGAUCUAAAUAGUUGAUUAGAGUGUCCGUAAUGGUUCAUUAUAAUCCACAGAAAGAAAAACAGAGAGGCUAAUUGAUGGAAGCAUAGGUUCUUAAAGCCCUGGCCUAAACAAAUAAGCAGAUGAAUCAUAAAUGAAGACUAUGAAAGACUUUUCCCAAAUGUCUUAGACCAUAAGUUCUUUUUUCAUGACCAACCGUAGAAAUAAUACCUCUGCCUUCUAGAAGCUAAAAAAUGAGACUUAGACUAGUUUCUAUGAAAAAGUAAAGAAAAUAAGAGAACGCAAAAGACAGUAAAGCUAAAGAGAAGAACUUCAACCUCAGAUGAUAAACAUAAUGAGCAUUGAAAAUAAGACUCCUAGGCUCAAUGAUUAUGAUAUCAGAGAGAAACUGAGGUAGUACCCCGUAUCAAAUAGUAAAAUGAACUAGUACAAUUUGAAGCAGCAAGCAUCACUGAUCUCGAAAAACAUACUAGAUUCUUGCAAAAAAAUUAUAAUAGAGAAUCAAGCAGAUAGUCCUGUGCGAUAACUUGAUUUGAAGCUGUAUCUAGAGGAAUUUAAACAAGAAAGAUUCAAUAGGACACUUGAAAUCUUAAGGGAUUUGGAAUACACUGACUCAAGACAAAUGAAGAAGCUCUUCAACUAUAAAUUGACAGGUGUAAUGGAACAUGAAUAAGAAGCAAGGGAAGUAUGCUAUGAAUAUAAGUAUGGUAUCAUGGAUCCCUCGAGAUAAGUUGCUCAGACUGAGAAGUAGAAUCACAUAAAAAGACAAUCAAGUUAGAAAAAUAAAACAAGAGAUGUGUGA